AUGGCUCAGCCUCAGCCCUUCCCAACCGACCUCACCCACUACAACAGCGAUGGUGUUGUCACAGUCAUCCCUCCAGAUCAUACUGCCGUGCCAAUCCAGCAGUUCCUGGCAUCCUUGAACAGACGUUGGCGUAAUGCAAAGAACACCGGCCUCGUGCAGCAAAUUCCUUGGUUCCCUGACUUCAUUAACGGCGCCCCUACUCACUACACACUUCAGAGUAUGCGGUCUGGCAAUGCCAUUGUCUUGAAGGUGUUUGGUCACCCUAGCGGUCGCUACUUCCGCUCCAUUGACACAUUCUUGAUCCACGUCGUCAGCAUCAUGGUUGGAAAUGGCUUUGCCAACUGCAACUGUGGGCUCUUUUGAGCCUGCCACACGAGUUCUUAUCCAGCAAAGCUUUCUUGCAUUGCUCCACGUCCCUUAUUGUGCCCGAUAUGAGUAUCAUGCUGCCAGCCAGUAGCCUCAACAGCUCAGGGGCGAGUAAGCCGAUCUUUCUUGUUAUGUAUCAAACUUGCAAAUCCCAGAAAUAGAUCCUCAGGCCCCCAAGCAAGUCCAUCUUUACUCGUCUUCCCUUUCGUUCGACAUUAUGGAUGGCACGACUACUCUGCACAAACAUAAUGC